GGAAGCUAUACUGUGUAGCAGAAAAAUAGGACCGCGUAACUAUUGUAUGGCCUUAAACGUUGUAAGCCAAUAAGUGGGAGUAAUAGUCGUUAAUGACCUUAAAAUGUAGCAAGGGUUGGUAUUGGUACAAACGCUGAGCUUUGCAAACAAGACUCCGAAGCAAUUUCGGAUGAGAGCGAGAUGUUUCCUCCACACACCAGCUUCAACGACUCCGGGCUUCGACGUCACGUAAAUUAUCCUCUGUGUAGUAUACUUGAAACAGAGCGUGAGUGGAGAGAGUGGGUUGACCAGUUGGUUUAUUUCGAGAAUAUCACAAGAAACCGAAUCGUUUUACUUUUUAAUGGCUCACGACAUACGCGACGAGACCGAGCAGAGGUCCAACUUAAAGCCAGAAAGAAACGGUGGCAGUGAAACCACAGAAAGAGAGUCGGAGGAACAGGCCGUGUCGGACCCAAAACAGGAACCGGGCGACGAGAUAGUUGGAAUGAACGUGAGAGGUGCUACUGGUUCGUUCACGGAGCACUGUUUAGAUUCGCUCCCCGUCCCGGGUUCUGAUAAAGAAGCCGGUAUUCUGAUGAGGAACCAACAUAUCGACGAAGCCGGCGAUGAACUCUCUGAAGCUGGUAAAAGUCCUGUUCAGGGGAGUUUGGCGAGCAGUGUCGACAGUACGCAAGAGGGCUCUCGGGUGCUGAAACAGGAACAAAGGAAGGGAGAGAACGUGCCCUCUCCCUCACCAUCUGCCGGGUGCACAAAGACAGCGGAGAGAGCGACCCACGGCACCAAGAGACGGGCCAGCCAGGAGGUAACUUCGUCGGAUGGAGAGCCGCUGAGCCGCAUGGAUUCAGAGGACAGUAUCAGCAGCACCCUGGUAGACAUGGAAAGCAUGGCAUCGAGCGGUCGCUCGACUCCAGCCAUGCUAAACUGCAGUGGGACGGCUCUGUCCAGCAGCAGCAGCAGCUCCAUACCGGUGUGUGGCAAGUCUCUGAGCUACAAAUGCUGCUGGGAUCACUGCCAGAUGCUGUUCCCGAGCAGCCCAGACCUGGCUGAACAUAUCAGGGCAACACAUGUGGACGGUCAGCGUGGAGGGGUGUUUGUGUGUCUGUGGAAGGGCUGUAAAGUGUACAACACACCAUCAACCAGUCAGAGCUGGCUGCAGAGACACAUGCUAACCCACAGCGGAGAUAAGCCAUUCAAGUGUGUCGUGGGGGGAUGCAACGCCACAUUCGCCUCACAGGGUGGGCUCGCCCGUCACGUCCCCACCCAUUUCAGCUCACAGGGCUCGUCCAAAUUAUCCAGUCAAAACAAACCAAAGGAGGAGUCUCCGUCCAAGGCGGGCCUCAACAAGAGAAGAAAACUGAAGAACAAACAACGGCGCUCACUGCCCAGACCUCAUGACUUCUUUGAUGCUCAGACCAUGGACGCCAUCCGUCAUCGAGCCAUCUGCCUGAACCUGGUCACACACAUUGAGAGCUUGGGCAACGGACACAGCGUCGUCUUUCACAGCACGGUAAUAGCCAAGAGAAAAGAGGACUCAGGCAAAGUAAAGGUUCUUCUGCACUGGACACCUGAAGACAUACUGCCUGAUGUGUGGGUGAAUGAGAGUGACCGGCCGCAGCAGAAGACGAAGGUAGUUCAUCUGUCAAAGCUUCCCACAGACACUGCUGUUCUGCUCGACCCCAGCAUUUACAGGAUGUUCUUUUAACAACGUUGAGGCAGCUUUGGGGGCGUCUUUCUGCUGAGCACACCAUGGAAAGGUGUCCACAUCUUUAACCACACCUCUCUCGCUCUCCAGCCUGAAAAUUCUGGAGGUGUGGUUAAGUGCUUAGUUAUAUUUUUAAGUAAUGACAGUUCACUGACCACUAGAAGGAGAUGUUGCUACAUUUAGGUAACACAACUAGACUGACAACAUACUUAUGUGUUUACUGUAGUGAAAUAGAAAUAGUUAGAAUAAAGCAGCCUGUAAAUACUUGAGAUUUGUAAUAUAUUUUUUUACUUACACUUUUUUUACUUCUUUGUAGAUAUGUUAUUUUGUCUCACCUGACAAUUUUAAAUAGAUGUUUAAAACAGAUGUAGAUGUAAAGUAUUGCAGGAUUGCAAAUAGCUUUGCUCUGUUAUUUUGUUAAUAAACUUUUCCAAUCAAA